AUGAUCCUUGCUGCUGUGGCAGCGCUCAAUAAAGCCAUGCUACCUUGUCUUUCUCUUCAGAACCAGUUCGACCCUGUGCAGUUGAUGGAAUUUAUGGAGGUGACACCAGAGACGUUGGACCAGCGCUGCCGUUACCCCGAGUCCAACGACCUUGGAGAAAUCCUCUAUGGAGUGGAUGACGUGUGCAACGAGUACAGCUGCAAAGCAACAGAGAUUGAAGAUGAACUCUUGGAAUUUUUCGAAAGCAAGAACCAGAUGAACAAGAUGAACAAGAUGAACCAGCACAAUCGCAAUUGCAAACGCUUGUAUCGAGCCAUCGUUCAUGAAGCAUGCAAUGAGAAGCGCAACGGCCAUGUUUGGGGUGAGGAGAACCCCAAAGCUGCCAUGGAGAAGCUGAAGAAAGAGCGAAACGCUGCAAAGAACAUUGAGAUGAGGAAAAAGAUUCAGGGCCGCAUUAACCGCUUGAAGAAAGACUGGGAAAAAGACCUCGAGGAUGAUGAGGAUGACGAUGUCACCUUUGAUCGAAGACAAAAAGAGCCCAGAAAUGACUCGCGUAUCAAGAAGUGCCACGUGUUGGUCAUCUACUUCUUAAAAGAUGGGCCCAAAGCAUGCGCCAGAGACCUUCCAGUGGUGCAUGUGGGACCAACGAGUGAUGAAGAGAUCGACACUUUGGUGAAGCAGGAACGAGUUGCCGCAUGGAAAACCGUGGGAAUGAUGGCCGCGGUCUUUGCAGUUUAUGUUGCCUUGGUAGCGCUGCUGGGAUGGUGUUAUACCAAGCUUUGGUCAACUCCCGUGAUGUCCGAGUCGAAGCCUGACGUCGAGGUGGAGGAGUUCAGGCACGGAGUCUUCAGCUGCUUUGAGGAUAUGCAUAUUUGUGCCCUCUCCUUCUGCUGCAUGCCCUACCGCUGGGCUGACACCAUGAAGGCAGCUGGAGUGAUGAGCUUUUGGACCGGUGUCUUGAUCUUCUUUGUCGUUUCCAAUCUCCGCAUGUGGGCGCAGGUGGGAUUGGGUUUUUGGACUAUGGCCCGAUCCUUGGUCUGUCUGCAACUUGGCUUUAAGGCGACCAGGCGACCAGGCCUGGAUUUGCUCUACAUUGAUCUUCACGUGACCUCAGACUCGGGCAGAUUUUGUUCAGAUGAAGAAGUUGGACGUGUGAGUCUCUUGCUUCAUGGAUUUGGAUGGGUCUUCGUGGAGUUCCUGCCACAAAAUGCAGAUCAAGAUUUACCAUAUUUCAAGGGGGAGCAGAAAGGGAAUGCGAUGGAAACAUCACAUCGCGAACUUCUGAUCAGUCACAUUAGCUCCUCCAGUGCGAUCAUUAUCGAGGCUGAAGCAUGCCGUCAGAGGUACAAGCGACUACAUCCAAAAGAUUGUGCUGAUGAUGAGAAGGACUAUAAGACCUUGGUGCACACUCUCACGCAAGAGAGGCUCUCAGCCAUUUUCAAGACCAAGAUUGAAGAGGGUGCGUGCAAGACAGGUCUGUGUGGUUUGAAGGAGGAACAAGCACGGGUCUACUUCAAUGUGUAUGGCAAGAAUGAGAUCACGCCGCCGAAGCGAGAGAAUAUUUGGAUCAAACUGCUGAGGCAGACCUUCCUUGGCAUUUUCAACAUCCUCUUGUGGUCCUGUGUCAUCGCAGAGGUGGCUCUCAUUGUGAUCUUCUCUGGCGAAGGUUCAGGCGAGGAGACACAUCACUCCGGCAAGGAGGGACCUGACUACGUCACACCCAUUAUCCUCUCGGCUGUAAUUGUAAUGGCGGCACUCUUGCAGUGGUACUCGGAGCUAAAGGCAGAGGUCCAGAUGGAGGCCAUGCAAAAAUUGCAGGCUGCUUCCAAAGUGCCUACAGUACGAAUGGAUCAUGGACGUCGUGUGGAUCUGGAACUGGAUCCUCUGAAUUUGGUUCCAGGUGACAUCAUCUUUGUGCAGGCCGGCGAUCGAAUCCCUGCGGAUGUGCGGAUCCUGCACUGCACCGAUGGCACUGAGGUGGACAACAGCGCAUUGACGGGGGAGUCUAUGCCCGAGCCGCGUCACAACAAGACGGAGCCGGUCACUUGCCCGCCGCCGGAAGCCCGGAAUUUGGCCUUCUUCGGAACCACCGUUCUCAAGGGGAAUGCCACCUGCGUCGUGCAUGCAACCGGCGACGCAACCUUCUUGGGAAAGAUUGCUCAAGGUAUCAAGUCAUCUCGUGUCAAGUCCACUCUGGAGAUCCAGAUUGAACAUUUUGUGCAUAUCAUCGCAGUGGUGGCCAUUUGUGUGGGUCUUUUGAGUCUCCUGGCCAAUUUGUUGAGCCCUGUGAAGCGCGGCCCAGCAGAGAUUCUGCAGAACAGCGCUGCAGCCCUCUUUGCUAAGGUGCCAGAGGGACUUCUGCCAACCGUGACGAUUUCAUUGAUGAUCGCUUCUGACCAGAUGGCCAGCCGCAAUGUCAUCGUCCGGAAGAUCGACGCGGUGGAAACACUGGGCUGUGUGUCGGUGUUUUGCUCGGACAAGACAGGUACGCUGACUACUGGGGAGAUGGCAACCCAGGAUUUGGUGGUUCCGAGCAGCGCCUCAUUCUCAUUGGAGGUUCACAGACGUGACCGCGACUCGGGGCUUUUCAAAAGCCAGAAGCUGCUGGAAGACAUUGCGACCUGCGGUGUCCUGAACAACGGAGCAGAGAUUUUUCAGGUGGAUGGAGGAGAGGAACGCUGGACCGGCAGUCCGACAGAGGUAGCGAUUCUGCGUGCCUGUGCAGAGGUGAACGGUGGUUCUGCUGCAACGGCAACUUUGAAACAGAGGCCAGAGAACUUUAAGACUUUCGAGAUCCCAUUCAAUUCAGAGAACAAGUGGAUGCUCACCAUUCACGGUGAUCAGAACGUUGGCUACUUUGCGAUCCUUAAGGGAGCUCCAGAGCGUGUCAUGAAGUAUACUACCUUGCAAAGUGAUCCUAGCAUCGUUGGCAAGGUUGAACAGCAACUUCAAGAUUUGAUGGGGCAGGGACGGCGCGUUCUAUGCAUCGCCAAGAAGGAUCUGGACGCCAAUGACGUACCGAAGGGCGGAAAGUUUGAAGGAACCAACGCAACAGACUGUAAUUUCCCAAUGAAAGACUUCAAAUUUGUCGGUCUUUAUGGCAUUGAGGACCCUCCAAAAAAAGGCGUUGCAGAGGCAGUCCUGGAUGCCCAGAAGGCUGGAGUCAAGGUGGUGAUGGUGACCGGAGACCACCCCGACACCGCCAGAGCCAUUGCAGGCCGGAUCAACAUCCUGGGCUCGGCAGUGGAGACGCCGGCCAACGAGGCAGAACAGCUGCAAGGCGCUGUCGAAUUCUCUGUGAUCACCGGAGAAGAGCUUGCAGAUAUUGAGGAGGGCAGCGAUGAGAUCGUGGCCAACAAAAAGGAUUUCUUCCACGAGAUCGACGAGGUCCGUUUGGCGUUGAAAAAGGCCGUUGCGGUCGAUCUGCCACAAGCAAUGUGUCGUGAGACCUGCGAACGGAUCGGGCAGAUCUGGAGCCAAUACCAGGAACAGCCGGCACUGCUGGAUCCCUUCAUGGAAGAAAUGGUUGAGCCAUUGAUGGCAACCAUUGCCGCCAAAGUGCGGCAGAAAGAUCUUGAAAAUCCGAAUUUGCAUUUGCUAAGUUCAUUGAUGUAUUUGCUGACAACGGUGAGAGGUUAUAAAACCGUGGUGCGGCUCUUCCCCCACGAAGCUGCUGACCUGGAGCCCUGUUUGGAAGCCGCAGAGGAGGAGGCGAAGAAGGAAAACUUGGAGACCUGGUCGACCUUGUAUUGCCUCACUCUUUGGUUGGGCAUGGUGCUUUUGACGCCGUUUGAUUUGUCCACCAUCGACUCCGGUCAUGAGUCCAGAAAUUCUCUCAGUGAUCGCAUUUUUUCCCUGGCCUUGCAAGGGUUGCGCAGCACCUCGCGCACACGGGAUGCCUCCGCUUGGAUGUUGGCGAAGUUCUUUGGUCGACCAGAUGUCAGCGGUACAGGGCUCUUGCAAUCCUUCGUCACAUGGACAAGAGACGCAUGGGUGGAUCAAACGAAAUCCGUCACGGCCCAGGCCUUUGUGAAGUCAGGCGCCUUGCAGGCAUGGAACCAAACUCUGAAGCUGGCACCGCGUUCCGUGAUGAGCGGUCUUUGGACGCAAGUCCUGAGGCUGGUCUUAGACGGUCCCAGCGGGUCAUCAGAUGACUUCGGCUCCUCGAAUCUGCGCAAGUUGCGGGUGGCCGUCGCCUGUCGUGCUGCAUUGGUGAUCUUACCUCCUCGUUUGGCACCCUGGCGCUACGAGCGCGGUCAGCGAUCCUUGCUGGUGAAUUUCGCACAAGCCACCGGCGGAAGCAUUGCCGCUGCGGGAGCUGGAGCAAACGAAGCAAGCGGAGCAAACAUUGGAUUGGAGGAGGAUGGAGAUUUUGGUCAGGGGAUGUUUCAGGUUCAGAUGCCCCAAUUUUUACAACACUUCUGCGUCCUUCUCAAGGAUGACGAAGCACCAGAAGAGGUUGAAGAGGUGGUGGAGCCUCGGCCGUUUCUUCAACGUUUUAAAGCCACGAAGAAAAACACAUAG